CCCUAAUUUCCCAAAAUCUCUACAAUCCUCUGUCUCUCACUCUCCGGUCACCGGCAAAAGCCCUCUUCACCACUCCUCCGGCCAUUGACGCAAUGGUGGGACUUUCCGUUGGAGAAAAGCAUUUUAUCAAGGGAGGCAUUGAACAGGACCUCCGUACUGACGGCCGAAAACGCUACACUUAUCGGCCCAUUUACAUUGAAACAGGUGUCAUCCCUCAGGCUAAUGGUUCAGCUAGAGUUAAGCUUGGUGCCACCGAUGUUAUCGCGAGUGCUAAGGCUGAACUUGGAAAGCCGAGCCCAUCUUAUCCGGAUAAAGGGAAGGUAUUAAUCAACGUGGAUUGCAGUCCCACGGCUGAGCCAGCAUUUGAGGGUAGAGGAGGGGAAGAGCUGUCGUCAGAACUCUCAGUUGCUCUUCAGCGCUGUCUCUUGGGUGGUAAAAGUGGAGCAGGGGCUGGAAUAGAUCUCUCAUCUCUUUCUAUCGUUGAGGGGAAAAUCUGUUGGGAUCUUUAUAUAGAAGGUCUUGUUGUAAGUUCAGAUGGGAAUCUGUUAGAUGCCUUGGGCGCUGCAGUCAAGGCUGCUCUGAGCAAUACAGCUCUUCCAAAAGUCCAAGUGGCUUCAGCUGCCUCUGAUGAGCAGCCAGAGGUUGAUUUGAGUGAUGAAGAAUUUUUGCAAUUUGACACCAGUGGAAUUCCUGCCAUUAUAACUCUGACAAAGGUUGGUAAGCACUACAUCGUGGAUGGAACUUCGGAAGAAGAAUCUCAGAUGAGCUCAGCUGUCUCUGUUUCUGUGAAUAGGCAAGGGCGCAUAUGUGGGCUGACAAAGCGAGGGGGUGCAGGCCUAAAUCCAUCUGUCAUACUUGACAUGAUCUCUGUUUCUAAACAUUUAAGUGAGCAGCUGAUAAAUAAGUUGGAUUCCGAGAUAGCUGCAGCAGAAGCUUGUGAAGAAGAUGAAUUUUGACACAAAAUCAAGCAUCCAUUUGGUGCUCAGGAAGUGAUUGAGCUAAUUGCAGCUGGAACUGGAAAUGGCAAUUAUUUGCUGAACUGUAACCACGGUAAGCAAAAUUUCCUAGGGGUGUAAGUUGUAGCUCGAUGUUUAGUUCAGGAAGUUCAGGAAGUUGUAGCUUGAUGUUUAGUAUUUUGAAAUUGAUGAAAGACAGGUUGUACUGCUCUUUUCAAUAUUAUUACAAAUCUGUAGAUUGUCAUACAUCCUUUAUCUGGACUUGUGAAUUUGUAGAUGGUGGUGCUUUCUUAUCCUGGAUAUGGAGUAAAGUUAUCUAUAUGGGCCAAAAGAAAGAAGUCUGUUGAGAG